AUGUCUGAAAUGGAGAUCCAAAAUGAGCUGCAACAAGCGGCAGGAAUGAAUGGUGAUGAAGCCCUAAGGUUCGUUGAUAAUAUCAUUCGUAAAUGUGAACAAAACAACAUUGAUCCUAAUCUAUUUUGUAAAGUUAGGAUUUUGAAGGGUGAUUUAUUGUUGAAGAGAGGCGAUACACAGGCUGCUGUCCAGGAAUACCAGGAAGCGUCUAGACUAGAUGAAAUGGAUGGUAAGAUUGAUUCACCAGAGCUUAGAUCUAAAUUGGAAAAUGUCAUGAAGGACGUUUCUGGAAAUAUGCAUAAGUCUGUUGAGCAGAAUUCGACAAAUUCAAAUGAUAGAGAUUUAUCGUCCAUGUUGUUGAACCAAGUCUUGGGCUCAUCUGGUUCUAAUUCUUCUAAGUUUUCCAUGCUUUCCUCCCUAAUGAGUGCAGGUUCAGGAGGGCAGUCUAAAGGAAAUGGUGGCUUCCUGUCCCUUAUUCAACAGCUGAGCUCUAGUGGCGUAAAUGCAAAUCAGCAAAAACAGAGUGGUGGGUUCGAUGUUUCUUCGUUAAUGUCUAUGGCUUCUAAAUUUAGUGGAAAUAAUAAUCAAUCGCAUUCGUCAGGCAGUAGUGGCACUGGUGGUGCUCUGGUGGGUUCUAUAAUUGGUGGUUUGUUGGGCAAGAAGAAUAGUGCUCAUGGAAAUGGCAAUGGCAAUGGCAACCCAUACACAAAUGACUCAAAUUACACUGAACAUAAUAACAUUGUUGACAACAGUAAUGGCUUUGGCAACCAAUCUUAUGAUAGACCAAACUACGGUGGUAAUGAUUCUUAUAACCACCAAUCCAGUUUUGGUGGUGAAUCAUAUGGACCUGGUAGACCAAAUCAUCAUUCUAAUUCCAGCUCCUACUCGAAUUCCAAUAACGAUUCAUAUGGAAACGGCUCUUAUGGAAAUGAUUCCUAUAACAACCAAUCCAAUUUUGGUGGCGAAUCAUAUGGAUCUGGUAGACCAAAUCAUCAUUCCAACUCCAACUCCUACUCGAAUUCCAAUAACGAUUCAUAUGGAAACGGCUCUUAUGGGAAUGAUUCCUAUAACAACCAAUCCAAUUUUGGUGGUGAAUCAUAUGGAUCUGGUAGACCAAAUCCUCAUUCCAACUCCAACUCCUACUCGAAUUCCAAUAACGAUUCAUAUGGAAACGGCUCUUAUGGGAAUGAUUCUUACAACAAUCAAUCUAGUUUUGGUGGUGAGUCAUAUGGAUCAAACAGACCAAGUCAUCAGAACAACGCACAUGGAGGUGACUCCUACGGUAAUAGCUCCUACGGUAAAAACUCCUACAGUAACGAAUCUAAUUUUGGAGGUGACUCUCAUGGAUCUAGUAGACCAAAUUCCAACUACCAGAGUGAUUCAUACAAUAAUCAAUCAAAUUUUGUUAAUGAAUCAUAUGGUGGCGCAUCUAAAUACGAGCACAGUUCUUUUGGUAAUGAAACAUAUGGGGCUGGAAAUCAACAUGAACAGAACUCAUCCUCCAAACUGGGACAAUUUGCAUCUAUGGCAAGCAGUUUUCUAGGUGACCACGGGUCCAACUCGAACUCGAAUUCCAAUCAAAACUACAAUGGUAGAUACAAUGGAAAUAACGCUGAUGGUGAUGGUAACAUUGGUGGCGGCCAAAACAGCACGGCGUCCACACUUCUGAAUCUUGCCAACAAGUUUAUGAACUGA